CGCACCAUCGUCCUCCUCGCCACUUCGCCAGCGCCCGCGCCAGGCCAGGCGCCAGCGCCGCUGCCGGUCCACCUCGCCAGCGGCUGUGUCUCCGGCGUCCUUCCGUAAGAGCACGACAUCCGCUUCGAGUGAACUCGCCUUGUUCUUCUUCAUCGUCGUCGUCGUCGUCGUCCUCUCUACUGGACUGGCGUGGACUGGAGAUCCGUCCGGACUUGCGGCUGAUUCCAUUUGCUGAUGGAUUCUCUUGAAAUCAAGAAAGAAGAUGAUUAUCAGAUGGAUCCCAUUGAAAUCAAGGAUGAUGAAGAGCAUCCAAUAGAGAUGCUUGUUGACCAGCCUCGUUUUCUAGAACCUUUAUAUCCAGAGGAGGUCAAUGAAGACACACGAGUGUACCCUCGUGUAGGGGAUGAGUACCAGGUGGAAGUUCCAGGUUUAUUAACAGAAGAGGAACUCGUGGAACUAAGAUCAUUGUCAGUUCAUGACAGCAUAAUGUUUGGUUUUGAGUACCCUGUGGGAGUAGGAUUAGCUAUUCCAGUCACAUGGACCCAAAAUACAAGCAUUCAUAUAAAAGAAGAGCAGAUGGGAUUUUCAGGACGCAGUUCAUGUCCUUCACAAGAUGAAGUUACUAUCCACAGCAGUGGAAAUAUUCUGAGAAAUUUAUAUCAGCACAGCAUUUGUCAAGAGUGUCUGGGCUGUAAAGUUGAAUAUUUUGAGCAAGGUGAGAAAUUAUCAGGAUCUAUUGGACAAGAUAUGCACUGCUUACAGAAAGGGAAGUUUUUAGGCUGUUCUUGUGUAAAGAGGAAAUUAAAGGAUUAUAUACCAUUGCCUGGGAUGCCAAGAUACUCCUGGACUGAUGAAGAGGCACAGACUUUUCUUCUUGGUCUCUACAUUUUUGGCAAAAAUCUUGUUCAGGUGACGAAAUUUACUGAAAGUAAGACAGUGGGAGAGGUUCUAUCCUACUACUAUGGAGAAUUUUUCAGGUCUGAUGCAUACAGACGAUGGGCUGCAUGUAGAAAAGCAAGAAGCAGGAGAUGUAUACUUGGGUUGCGUAUAUUUUCUGGUCCAAGGCAGCAGGAAUUGUUGUCACGUUUGCUUGCUGGCGUAGCAAGGGAAGUUGAAGACCCUUUGCUGGAGGUCUUUAAGGUAUUCAAUGAGGGAACAUCUACUUUUGAGCAGUUUAUUUUGGCCUUAAAGUCCACAGUUGGUGCUCAAGUUCUUGUAGAAGCAGUUGGAAUUGGCAAGGGAAAAUAUGACUUGACUGGAUUUGCAUUAGAUCCUAGUAAAAAUCAUGGUAUCUUGACCCGCCCAGAAAUCCCUAUUGGCAAGGCUUGCUCAGCACUUUCGUCUGGAGAUAUCAUAAAGUUUUUGACUGGUGAUUUCAGACUAAGCAAGGCAAGAUCCAACGAUCUAUUCUGGGAGGCUGUUUGGCCUCGCUUGCUUUCAAGAGGCUGGCACUCGGAGCAGUCUAAGGACUCUUCACCGGUUGGAAAGCAUGCUUUAGUCUUUCUCAUUCCAGGUGUAAAGAAAUUUUCUAGAAAGAAGCUUGUCAAAGGAAAUCAUUAUUUUGAUUCUGUUAGCGAUGUCCUGAGCAAAGUUGCAUCUGAACCAAGGUUGCUUGAGUUUGGAGUUGAGGGUAGUAAUAAUGAAGGUGGGGUUAAGCCUGAAAAUGGAUGGAUCCAUGAUUCUAAACCUGACAAAAACACACUUCCGGACAAGAAACCUCCUUGCUAUAGCCGGCCCAGUGAGCCUGGGUGUUCUCCAGAGCUAAUGAAAUUUACUGUGGUGGAUACUAGUCUUGUUCAAGGGGAAGAACCUUCUAAGGUAAGGUCACUAAGAAAUCUACCAACAGAUGCCAAUCAUGGUUACAUGUCUUCACCACAGUCAGGAGAUUCCGGGAGUGACAGCUCACAGGAACACUCAGAUUCUGAAGACAGCUCUCGGCCUUAUGAACAUAUAAAUACUGAUCAAAGCACAACUGAUGUAAAGUAUGUUAGUGAGGAGAAAAACGCCCCCUCAAUUGAUAAGAUGGAUUCUAGUGUACUUCAGAAGUCUUCUUUUUCAAGCACAUCAACAUCAAACAAUGGCCAUGUUUCAACUGAUCAAGGUUUCAACAUAUUGGAUAAUGCAUGCUCUUCAACUGCAACUAUUCUUCCUGUUGAUGUUCAAAGGGUCCAUGCUGCUACUGCUUCCACCGAAAUAAGCUUUCAGUUUGAUCAAAAGAUAAAUGCUGAGUCCCAAGUUUUCUUAGCACCUUUGUCAAAGAGAAGAAGGCUAGUUUCCUGUAAGACUGAAAGAACUAGUCGCAAAAAUACUGAAGGCAAUGAAAACCAUUACUGGAAGCAAGCUGACAAGUUGUUGCAACAUGAUGUGUCUGGAACAAAUGGAGCAAGCGGAGAGGCUAACCCUUGUGUAUGGGGUGCUAUUCCGAACUCAUCAACUAACAUAACCUUCGAUGUGAAUAGCAAGCAGGCAUAUUGCAGACAGCUUCACAAUGUGCCCCCUAACGAUGAAACAAUGGUUUACAAGGAAAAGCGCCAAAAUAGGCAUGUCAUUGAUCUCAAUAUCCCACAGAUGCCUUUUGAUUAUGAGUCAACUGUGAGCUACAUUGUCCCUCCAUCAGACAAGAAUACACAAACCAUGGACAUACCUCUAUGUUCUUCAGAAACGAAGGAGAUGACUGACUGCCUUCCAGACAUGGAUGCCUCUAGUAAUGUGCUCUACGGGGAGCUUUCUUUCAACUCAAGAAGGCAGGGUAGCAGAAGCCGACCACCAACAGCCCGAGCUCUGGAAGCUCUUGCCUGUGGUUUUCUCGGGACCAAACAGAAGGGCAGGGAGGCAAACUUCCCAUCUUCAAGCAGGAGCAGAAGACCUGUUCGGCGACCACGAAGAUCAACUGAUGUCGCACUGCCAUUUCCUUCUGACGGCGAAGGACAUAUUUCUCAUUGUACUGACCCGCCCAUGGAUGUCAAUGAAUGGCACAUGAGUAAUCCUCCGUACCAAAUGAUUCACAGCAGCCCCUCGGAUAAAUCCACUGAUAAGGGGAGUCCUGACUUGUUUGUGGCAGACAAGUCUACUGAUAAAGGAGCUCAUGAAUUGUUUGGCAUGCCUUAGAUCACAUGGAAACGAGUAAUAUCGUCCCAUAUCCAGCAAUAUAUUUGGAUUCUUGAACCUUUAUUUGAUGGAUUGGCUGCUGGUUAAGAGAAUGAAGUGGUCUUAUGGUCAGAAUGCAACCUGCAGUAAGUGAUGGGUACUGCUUGUUCAAACUUAGGUUUUUGGUUGAGAAAUGAAUGCAGGAAGCUUCAACAGCUCAGUUUUCAUUUUCAUCUACAGUUUUGUGCAUGCGUAUUGCCUAAAUAUUCAAUCUCGAUACUUAUCAAGAACAGAUGAGACCAAUGAGAUGGUUACCUUCGCAUCAGCAGUUCAGCCCCCAGUGGCUUAUCAAGUCUCUUGUGAUAGAAUCAUGCGCUUCUUGUUCGGAAGCCUAUGAUGAAGCUUUUACCUUUUUCUUUGAGGUUUUCCGAUAAAACUUUUCCUGGAGUUAUACUCUUGCUUUUUAUUACAUGUACUAUGUGGGGUAGCUGGACAAGCGUGUGAUAGUGUGCCCGUAUAAGAACCAUACCUGAACUAAAUUUGGAACUCGCCCUGCGCAACAAACCCAGAAGGCAUAUGUUCUAAGCUUA